AAGCUUAAUAUUGUGACUCUAUUCUGUGAUCGAAAUAAAAAAAAAAAUUGUAUAGGUUAUAAAUGUUCCCAAUGUUUUGCAAUAUCUUCAUUAAUUAGUAUAUAUCAAAUGUUACUCUCAUUGAACGAUUAAGUUAUUUAUUAUUGUUGUUAUUUUAGGUUGGUUUAGUGUAUAUAUUACUCGAUCGUCAUCCGCUACAUUAUGAAUGUGGCCAAGAGGUUGUUUAGAUUAGCACCUGCUAUUCGAAGUACAGUAUCGCCAAACUUUGUUGCAUUGCGGUGUUUGUCCACCCCACCAGUAACUUCUGUACCAUCACAAAUUCAGGAUAAUGUACUUUCUACGAUCGAAUUGGAUAAAUUAUAUAAGAGAGUGGAGCUUGAAAUGAGAGGCAUUGACCCUGCUGUACUACUUAGUUAUUCAUGGUUUUGUGUAGCAGCUGCUUCACACUUGGGCAUUGAAGUUACAAAGAAUUGGGCGUUAAGAAAAGCAGAGAAGGAGAGACAUACUCUUUUAAGAUGUGUUCACAUUUAUAAAAAACAUAAAGUCCAGUAUGAAAUCAGAACAUAUUUCAGAUUCAUACACCUGCAGCGUCUUACUGGAUCCACAUGUGAUACAUAUUUGGAAUAUAUUCAGAGGAAUUUACCAGAAGGUUGUGCUUUAAAAGUUACUAAAAUUGAAUGUCAGAAAAUUCCUGAUCAUAUAACACCCCCAAUUGCUGAAUAAUUAUAAUUGUGUUGUUCUAGUUUAGAUAUAGAUAAGUAAAUUAAAAAAUAUAUACAGUA